UUUACCUGUUUGUAGACACACACACACUCUGUUUCCCUCCAUUCUUGAGAAAGACAUUCCGAGCAGUUUUUCGCACUCUCACCAAAACCAUUUUUUUUUAAUACCAAACAAGAUGGCCAAAGAGCAGCAAAAGCAGGAUCCCGCGGCAAUCACCAACUCCUUCCAAAACCAAAACCAAAACCAAACGCAGGAAUUGCAGGGUAAAGGUGAAGUGGAAAAGGAGGAGGAGGCUGAGGCCCCUUUAGCUCUAAGCGUUACAUACAAGGUUUUGCACAUGUUGGGAGACAUCACAGCAGGGCCUGCAUCUAUGUUCGCGCAAUGGCUCCAAUUAGUUCGUAAACGCACUUCCAACUGUCGCACUUCUGGCUUCCCUCACCGUUCUUCGAGCAUGCCUUCUAGCCCGGGAGAAUCUAUUGAGGACACGAAGAAUGAUCAGCAAACAGAGAUUAGUUUGUGGGAGAGGCUUGGUAAAGCUGAAAUGUUGGACAUUGAGUCGAGCUCAUUUUCUUGGGACAGACUCUCUUCACUUCACCACACUGAGCACACUAGCAGCAAUGAACAUUCUGAGGAUGAAAUGAACCGUGUUCUUGAGGUAACAGUAAAUUCUGGAGGGGUAGUCUUCUUUGCCUUUUUCAAUGGUCUUGGGAACGACGAUGCCUCUUCAAAAGAAGCAGCCGCUGUUAUAAAGAUAUCGUCUUCAAGAAUGGCAACACAAUCCGAACGUCUUGGUUACGAAUUUGCCAAAUGGUUGGGAGUCCAAACUCCGCAGGCUAGAGUCAUCCACAAUACAAGUUUAGAGUGGACCCAGAUAAAGGAAGCUACAGAAAAAGCAAGGGAUGCUGCAAGUUCUACAACCGAUGAAGUUGGUGAAAUGACAUGCACAGAACUUUUGGAAGCACUUGAACUUAGCCGAUGUCUCAUGUUUAUGAGUUAUGUGCACGGUUCACCCUUGCUUGAAAGCUCUAGAGCAUUUGAAUCACAGGAAUUUGCAGAACGAACAUCAGCAGCCCUUGGCAGGAUAAUGUUGCUGGACCUUGUCAUCAGAAAUGAAGAUAGGCUCCCUUGCCGGCAGCUUAGAUGGCGUGGGAACUCUGCAAAUUUAUUAUUGGCUGAGAAGAUUAUCUCAAAUACAGAUACAGCAGGAGAAACUCCUGAUUCUGCAAUGAACACAUAUGGACAGCGAGUGAGUAGGACACCUCAAAAAGAAAAAAGGUCAACUUCAAUGGAUGGUAGAUUGAAUUCUCAUAAUUCUGGACUGGUAUCACAAUGCUCUGGUCUUUCUGACAUGAGUUUUAAAAGUCAAAUGUCAUUAGAAUUAAUGCUUACUGACUUUAUUGUGGCCAUUGAUUCUGGUGUUCCUCGUCGACCCCCUGCUGGAAAACGUGCAGAUGACCAGGUUAAUUAUCCUAAGUUGGUCGAGUUACUACUCAAUAGCUCAGAGUUUUCCUCUAACCUGUUACAUGAUAUAACCGGAGGGAGACUAGGAUUCCCUCAUCCAGAAGACACAAAUACAAUCAUUGAUGUUCAUACUACUGAUGUAACAUCAGUAGUUCAUGCGUUCCGUAGUGGUUUUCGUGCUGCUCUUAGGGAUCUGCAGGGAUUCCACAUAUUCCUACUCACACUGCAUCAAAAACUUGAUAAUUUGUUAAGAUCAUUUAUGAAUACUAUAGGCAAAAUAUCAUCAGGGGAGUCUGAAAAAGAGGAUGCAGUGGUUCCUGACUCACCUUCACCCACAGUUGUGGGUAGUUGUCCCUCUCCAUCUAGUAAGGAAAGGCUUUCUAAUGAUGUCCAUCAAGAUUGUAGUGAUUCAGAAUCUCAGAGAACCGCUCCAAGGACAUCAUCGUCUUCAGGCAAUAGAGAUUGUUGCGACUCUGCUUCUUCCAUGUCAAGAGAAGGUUGGCAUGGAAAACACUCUAAAGGAAGCGUGGAGUCACAUCGUGGUCUCCGCUUGACAACUAAGCUCCGUGACUUACAUAAAUUUGCCAAGGUUGACUCAGAAUCCAAUAAAGAAUUGGAACAGUGGAAUGAAAUGCUUAAAAAUGAUGCUGUCAAGUUAUGUUUGGAGCACAAUUUUAACACAGGAUUUUUCGAGGGUAGUGAUAACAACACUGUUGUUGAUGCAUACGAACUGAAGGUCAGACUUGAGCAUAUCCUUGAGAGGAUUGCCUUGAUAUCUGAGGCUGCAAAUACAGAGAGACCAUCUGCGGUUACAAAUAGUCUGUUCAUUGGUGGAGCACUGGCUGCAAGAUCUACAUACACACUGCAACGCUUGGGAAUCACGCAUAUUUUAUGUUUGUGUACAAAUGAAAUUGGCCAAUCAGAUUCUCAAUUUCCUGAUCUAUUCACGUACAAAAAUUUCUCUGUAUGUGACGAUGAAGAUUCUAACAUCAGCAGCAUAUUUGAAGAGGCCUGUGAUUUUAUAGAUUAUGUUGAACAAGCUGGUCACAGUGUUUUAGUUCAUUGCUUCGAGGGGAAAAGCAGAAGUGCUACUUUGGUCCUUGCUUACCUGAUGCUUAGAAAGAAAUUCACUUUGUUAGAAGCAUGGAAUGCUCUAAAACGAGUUCAUCGCCGAUCUCAGCCUAACGAUGGUUUUGCAAAGAUCUUACUUGAUCUGGACCAGAAACUGCACGGGAAGGUUUCAAUGGAAUGGCAGCAACGGAAACCAAUGAUGAAAAAUUGCCCCAUCUGUGGCAAGAAUACUGGACUAAGCAGUAGCUCGCUUAAACUACAUCUUCAGAAAUCACACAAAAAGCUGUCAUCAGGGAGCGUAGAUAGUGCCAUGACAAUCGAGAUCCAGAAGGCAUUAACAACUUUGAAGAUUAGCCAUGGUGGGAGUGUCAGUCCCAAACCAAGGAAGUCUCAUUCAACGAUAGAAGCAUAGAUUUCUCUUGCAAAUAUUAAGGAACAUUCCUUCAAUAUUUUAUUUUUCAUGUUAUAGAUUGAGUGGGAGUAAAAUAGUUGUUUGGAAGUGGGAUUGAUUGAUUGCUUAGUUUAGUUAGUGAUUUCAUUUAGAUGGAUAUUAGGAUUCCAUUUCUUGAUGUAUAAAUGGAAAACACUUUAUUAAGAAAGGUAAAACUUGCUUUGUUGAUCUCUUCCUCAUUAGUUUUGAAUCAUUGAAUUGAAGGGGAAAAAUUCAUUACAUAUAU